AUGUCUGAGCAGGACGCGACCAAGCAGCCGCGAAGGUUCACUCCCGAACCAAUUGAAACGAGCUCCAAGUCGUCGAAGAGUGUAAGACGCUUUGCACCAGAGCCCAUCGAGACGACCUCCAAAUCGUCAAAGAGUGCGCGACGAUUUGCGCCAGAAGCAAUUGAGACGAGUACGAGGUCUUCGAAGAAGGAGAGAGAGGAGAAGGAGGCGCCGUCCGCACCUCGACGAUUUGCACCACAGCCGGUGGAAACUUCACAUACUAGCAGCAAGGAGCGGAAUAAGGGCAAAGAGGCGGAGCGGGAAGGUUCGAAUAGCUCAGCCCGCGUGCGUUUCAAGCCACAGCUGGUGGAAACGAGCUACGGUGGCAGUAGAAGUUCCGCGUCCAGCAGCCGUAGGCCCACUCAAGAUGACGUCUCCACCGUUGGAGGUGGCGACGACACCACGCCGAGAAGAUUCAAGCCGGAGAUAUUGUCGACGGCCACACGAUCGCGUCGUGCUGGCGAGCACAAGAAGCUCAAUGCCCGCGAGUACAAGACCGAGGAAGGCUUCCAGGUGCACGCCCAUGAGCACCGCAAACACACAGGCUGGAAGACGCCCGCAGAGACACAUCUCCCGCCGGCGGGACAGAAGAGCGGCGCAGAUCUCGAUUUCUCUUCCGAGCUAAGGAGACAUAUCGCACCCCUUGAUGGCAGUGCAAGCCCCAAAUCUCGACCUGUAGAAAGAAGCCACUCGUUCCGCUGUCCGGACCUGGACACAAUCGAAAGCUCGGAGAGUGAGCGUGAGUCUGGCCCAUCUUCCAUCUCCUGCAGCCCGGGGCGAGGCUCGCCGAUCACUGCCUCGGACUCGUCGUACCAUGAAUUUACCUACAAGCAUGCCACGCGUGAACGAGAGAGCGUGGACGAGAACUUCAGUCACUACCUGCUUCAACUCGAGGCGAAAAAGGCACAUGCUCGGCUGCAAGAACAGGCACUCGCUGCCUUUCCCAACUCAGACUUCCACGAGCCAAUUCAGCAUUUCGUUAACGACGAUAACGAAAGUGACGACAUGGAGAUUGAUGAGCGACCGAGCACGUGGGAGGGCUUUGACGAGGAGAUCUUCUUCAACCGUGCACGACGCGAAAGCACUUCCAAGGUAUCCUGGGAGCAGUUGGAGAUGCAGCGUCACGCCGAGCAGCUGGAGCAAGAACGCAAUGCGAACAAGACCACUGCCGCGCGGACUCCGGAACACUCUCCAUGGUGGAACCCAGCAGCCGGGCUGGCAACCGAACAACAAGAUCCCGACAUGCAGUCCAUGCGUGACCGCGCACGCCCACCCAUGCUAGGCAAUGACCUUAAAUUCCCACGAUGCCCAUCACCUGAGCCUGCACGUUUUGACGUCACGCAAGGCUCUGCCAAACUCCGCCAGCAAAUGUUGGCAGAAAGUAACAAUCCUGUGGCUAAACAAGAAGAAAAGGGCGGGUUAUGGAAUGGGACGUCCAAGAAGCCCACGACAGCACAUGAUAGCACAUCCUCUGCUGCUUCGAAAGCUAAGAGCUCGACCAAGGGAGGGGGUCUAUGGGGAGGCUUCUGUGUGGGCUUGCCAACGGAGGCCGCAGCAUCUCUUACGCCGGGAGUCGCACCGAACGGAAUUCCAACGGGAUUAAUGACACCCGCUCCGCGCUCGGACAGCUCCAACCCAUUUGAGCAAUCUUUUGCCGCGCGCAAUGGUGGACCCUCGGCCUUCAAGAAGACGCCACCGACGCCCCCUCCAGAAGGCCUGACCGGCACAGACCUCGCCAACCUCGACGCUGUGCUGGUGUCAGACCGGGAUUUCGAAGAAAUGAUGGCGAGGGAAUACCCAGACUCGUUCGUGACGCAAGUCUACAACUACCUCUCCUUGGGCUAUCCUACACUAGCCCGCCCAUUCGACGAGGAGCUCAGCAAGAUUAGCGGGAUACCGGUCAGUGAGCUGAGGGAGGAUGAUGCCAAGGCGAAGGCGAUGCCCAAGGGUUACAUCCGACUCGAUCCGGCUUAUGAGGGCGCGGGCGGCGAUGGACUUCAAGGCGACGGAUGUGUCAGAUGGAGGGCAUUAAAGCUUUAUGUAAGAGAGUGGGCCAGACAGGAGAAGAAGGGCUAUGCCGAUGCCCMGGGAGGCAACUGGGGUGCCACAGCCAGGCGAGGGUCUUGGGCUUGGUAG